AUGUCUGAGAGACGUGUUUGUGUUGCCACUCCAGUCUCUUCAGAGGCUGGUGACUCACUCCCUCCAGAUGCUGGUGAUAUAUGGACUAGCAUCAUGUUCAGUUCUAAUUCCACUCAAGAUCAUGGUGUCGUAUCAAAUGAUGUUGUAUCAAAUGACUCCCCGGUGGAGCCACGCCCCGCAUUGCCCGAGGACCCCAUAGAUUGGUGGGGCAAUUCACCAUUUAACCCCUAUCAGCCGGAAAGAGAGAGAAAAAUUACGAGCGAUGUUUUAAUGGCGACUUUGAUGAAGUCACAAGCAUGCUGUCAGACAUCCCUGCGUUCCCCAUCAAUGGGGGUCGUUGGCGUGUCACCGGCCGUCCAAACAUCGGCAGAAGGCUGUACAAGACCGGAAGGAACUCACUCCUUCGAUCAAGAUGUCGAAUCAACGCUCCCGACGUAUCAUCCCUAUGAUUGUGGAUGGGAUGAUACCGUUUCAAAUGCUUCAGUUUCACCUGAAGUAUCGUUGCCGAUGGAUCCGUACGAUUGCGGAUGGGAGGAUGACAUGAAUGUGACAUCCCAGGAAACAAUCAUGCCGUUAGAGCAAAUAUUAACGGAUGUAAGAUCAAACGGAGAACAUCCGACCGAAUUGUCCUACCGUCUUAGCGACAACAUGUUAUGUGCUAUGGAUGCUCUGAUCAUCAACGAGACGGUGCCCCCGAACGAGUCAUCGACCGAAGAUCCAUAUGACUGUGGAUGGGGCGAUAUCGUGACUGCUGCGGCCGUCCAAGCAACGGAUGAAAGUGCGUGGGUCAUUUACAAAGCGAUAUCUGAGCUGACCGGGCGUGUGAAGAUAUCAAAGCUAAUGCAGGACUCCAUAGAUAUUGUGGCCGAUUCAUCAUCUUCCAAGGGCGAGAUGAUCACAUCUGCUGCACCGGCAAAUGAUCCUUACGAUGUUGGAUGGGAUAAUCCUAUGGACGACAGCGACCCCGCAGACAUAGCUUCUAUGGCCGAUCCGUACGAUUGCGGAUGGCAGGAUGCCACAGCUCCGGAAGAUGAUAUUAUGCCGGGAGACCCUGCAGACGAUCCAUACGACCUCCGAUCGGUGGACCGGAUAUUCGAUGAGAGGGAUGUCAUUGACCUCACCUCUGAAUCACCCAGCCGAUCGAUGGACCGGACAUUCGAUGAGGAGACGGAUGUCUUAGACCUUACGUCCACAUCAGUCAACCGAUCGGUGGACCAGACAUUCGGUAAGGAAACGAAUGCCAUUGUGCUGACGUCUACAUCAGCCAAUUCAGAGAGAUCCAUGUCUCCAACCGAACCCAACGCAUUCCAAGAGGCAGGAGAGUCCAUGCGUCGCGCGAUCCGACGGCUCAACAGCAUAGGACAUAGUGACUUCGAUAGAUAUGUUCGCAACAUUGUCGCACCAGGGGAUGGACUUGUAUAUGACUCACGACCAGGGCUCACUUUCAUGGCCAACCGGCAUUUGUUUGGUGCAUAUGCCGAGGCAAGAGAUCGGGUAACUAACCUCGGGGCUGAUGUCAUAAACAUACAUCGUUUACUUAAUAUUCACCGCCGGAUCAUGUACCCGCUAGAUGCGAUGAUAACCAGAGUGGAGCAGCAGGGGGAUAGUAUGCUAUGA